GGGCUCCACUUGCACGUCAGCACCUGUAAUUUGCUCCUGCGGCCGUGCGCUCCGCUCUCACUCGCUGAGGCGGCGGAGAGGCGUGUCGGGAGCCCCACGUCACCCGCAACGAUGGGUCACACCAUUCUCGGAACACAAAGGCAACUUCCUUUAGGUAUUGGCAUUCGUGUAACGACAGCUUUCACUGGCAGGAUGUGGGCUGAACUAGUUCACAAGUCACUCCAGUAACGGAUCAUCGGGUCAGCUGCUCCCAGGUUUUCGGUGACUUCCCCGUCUUCAUUUUUGUGUUUGUUUUUUUUUGUCUUGAGGCAUGGAAUAAUGGAUUGAGGCUAGUUUUAGUUGAUCACAUUGUUCUUCCAUAAAUUAACGACUGGCUAUGAUGAGGUACAUGAGUUUCCGGUCAUCUAGGAGACGUCUUAACGGCUACCCAGUGGAGAGCGGUGGACUGUCGGCGAAGGUGAAGAGGAGCAAGAGCAGCAAGAAGGCCGAACCCAGGAAGGCCUUCAGUUUGGAGGAGGCCCAGCUGGCCGUCCAUCAGCAGAAGAUCCUCACCAGACAAGCCCCCAUCAGGUCGGAGACGUUCGAUGCAGACCGGAGCUUUGAGAGGACCGAAGGCACGGGCUCACAAAGUAGCUUCAUCAAGCACAACGCAACAUUCCACAAGUUGUUUCCAGACAUUCCCGAGAGCGAAGACUUGCUGCAUGCGUACAUCUGCGCCCUGCAGAAGGAGGUGCCCUACCAUGGGCGGCUGUACGUCACCAGCACCCAUGCCUGCUUCUACUCGUCGGUGCUCCUGAAGGACACCAAGUUGGUGAUCCCAGUGAACUGCAUCCACAUCCUGAAGAAGCAGAACAUGGCCCUGCUGGUGCCCAACGCCCUGUCCAUCCGCACCACCCUGGGGGACAAGCAUCUGUUCGUGUCCCUGCGGAACCGGGAAGGGUGCUACCAGCUCCUGCGCUCCGUGUGUCCCCAGCUGGAGGAUGGAAGCCCCAACGGCAGUCCUCGCUUCUCCUCGGCAGAACAUAGCUUCGAUCGAGUCAAACUGGUGAACUCCAGCCAGUCUAGUCUAGACGGCUUCGAGCAGUUGGACGGCUCUGACCCCCGCGUCCUCCCUGACUCAUCCCCUCCGCCCCGACCACACGCAGACCCAGAACACGGCGGGAACAGUGGCUCUUACAGGAACACGCACACACCGCUUAUCGACAGCUCUUCAGAGGAUCUCUCAGGUUGCUCGUGGGUGUGGAGCGUGCCAGGGAGGGCCCGCUCCUUCCUCAUCCAGAGAGAGUCCAGCACCCUCAACACGCUCCUCUUCAUCUACCUAAUACUGGUCGUCCUGCUGCUGUUGUCCUCGGGGUACAUCGGGCUCCGCAUCGUGGCUCUGGAAGAACAGCUCACCUCUCUCGGAGCGCUGCCCGAAUUCUCGCUACAGGCUGGAUACAAAGGCACAUAACCUCACUGGCCAAAGGAGAGAUGAGUCGACUCGUGAUCGGAGGCCUCAAUAGGGACGGUGCCAACUACAAGAUCUAGCCAAUGAGAUCUGCCGAGACGACGAGAACAACCGGGCGAGCAAAACUCUCGACCCAUCAGGCUUGUAUCCCCAGAAUGCCCCCCUACAGGAGCACUCCAGGGAGAAGUGGGUUAACACGAAGGGUUAACACGAAGGGCUAUACUUUUAGAGGGCAGCCGGCCUGCCACAAUUGUUAGACGGAGCCAAACCAACACACAGACGCACUCACAGACGCCCCCGCCAGGCUGCGGGGCGACCCUGUGAUUCAAACCAAAGCCACCUGGGUCGAUCGCAUGAACUGUCCGGAGAUGAUGCUCGCAGUAGCCAAUUCAGUGUGCUUUUUUUUGGGGAGGGGGGUGGGUGGGU